UUAGGUCUCGAGCUGUUACCUCUUAUUUCUUUCACCAACCCUCUCUUCCUCUCUGGUUUUGAAACUCGUUUUCGUUAGACUAGAGAGGAAUAGAGGCGUUACGAAAGGCACGUUUUUUAUCUCCGAUUAAUCGGCUAUGGCGGCGCCGGAAGCUCCCGUUUGCUAUGUCGGAGUUGCCAGAAAGUCCGCCGCCUUCCGUCUCAUGAAACAAAUGGGAUGGGAAGAAGGAGAAGGCUUGGGCAAGAACAAGCAAGGAAUCAAAGGAUAUGUCAGAGUACAGAACAAACAAGACACUGCAGGUAUCGGUACAGAAAAGCCAAAUGAAUGGGCGUUUGAUACAGCGCAGUUUGAUAGCAUCCUUAAAAGAUUAAAAGUGCAAACAGCUGAAAUCAACAAUGAUGAAGUAAAAGAGAAAAAAGAAGUGCAAAAUGACACGAAAACAGGAUCUUCUAAUGGAGAACAAGAGACUGUAGCUAAGGUUACUCGGCCUCAAGGAAGAUAUAAGAGAAGGGAAAGAGGAAAGCUUGUGCACUCAUAUUCAGCGCAGGAUCUUGAAGGAAUUCUUGUCAAAAAGACAAAGACUUCUCCGACAAAUGAUGAUCAUAAGGCAGCAGAUACGGCGGAGACUAUUAUUGUUGCAGAUGAUGCAUGUAAUGAAGAUCAAGGUGUUCCCCCAGAAUGGUGGGGCUAUAAAAAUGGAUUUGUCUCAGGAGGAUUUCUUGGAAGUCAAGCUCGGAGAAAAAAGUCAUCUUCGUCCGAGACGAUGCGAGACUUCAGUGAGAGGACCACAUUCCAUGAGGAGGAUCAAGAAAAUCUUUAUAACCUUGUGCAAAAUACAGCCACAACUGGAAAACAAGGACUGGGUAUCAAAGACCGGCCAAAGAAGGUUGCUGGUUGCUACUUCGAGGGGAAAAAGACAUCCUUUGAUGAUAGCGAUGAAGAAGAUUCUUCUGAGUCGAACCCUCCCAUGGAAGCAGAAUAUGAAGAAAUCAGUCACCCAGCCAAAAAUGAUGAACCAAAAUUGAAGCUGAAGAAAUUGUGCAAACGGCUCUUGAAACAGGCACCUGGGAACUCUUUAAAGCUGAAGCAGCUUAAAGUGCUAAUUGAUGAACAAUCUUCAGAUCUUUGUAGUUUCACUAAAAAAGAGGCACUUGGUUUUUUGAAGCGCAAGCUUGAAGGCAGUGACAAGUUCUCAGUGGAGGGAAAGAGAGUGUCUCUUUCUGUAAAGGGUGCCUGAAUUUUUUUUUCCUUUGCUGGGAUUAGCUGUGACGAAAUGUAGAUGGCCACCGAGACUAGGUUGAUAGUAAAACAAUUAGGUGGGAGAUUUUGAGUCUUCAUUCGCCAAGCUUUCCUUGUUCUUUUUUCUAUUAUUCUUCUAUUUCCGUACCACUGCAUUCCUCCCUGAUCUUUUUUUCUUCCCUUUUUUUUUUGUUUUAUUUUAAACCUUUUUCUUGGGUUAUUUAUCAUUUGUCUGUUAUAGGCCAAGGAAUAGAUGUCAGUAUAAAGGUCAAUAUAAGUUGUAUUAUGAACAGAUGCCCAAUUAUUUGAUUGUUACACCUUUAUAAAUUGUUAAAGUUAUUGCACAUA